UCCAGGUUGCAGAAACAAACAUGAACUAAGGGUCAUUAUUUCAUUUUUUUUUAUCAUGAUAUUCACAUAUUUAUAUAUGGAAUAAAAACACUAAAUUAUCCAUGUCAGAACUAAGUUCACGAGCAUAAUUCUGUUAAAUGUAAAGGCUUAAUUUCAGGAUAGCUAUCCAUAUCAUAUCUUUGCAAAAAAACACGCAGGAUGUAUAUCCAGCACUUACGUCUCCUAUCUUUGCCUUAAGUCCAGUCUGCUACUAAACACUUACCUGCCUUGCAGGCAAACAUGGAGUUACGGAAGUAGGUUAUUCUUUAAAAAGGCAUGUAACGUCGCAUCAUUAAAUCCAAAUACGAUGUUACUUUAUUUUUACAGCAUUUUUAGAAAUAUUUAUUUUAUACUUCUGUAUGAUUUUCAGUUUUAUUUUAGAUUGUUGUGCGUAAAAUUAUUCUGACCCAUCAGUCUUAGGUUUUAUCUAUUUGCAUAUAGGCUACUAGCAGUUUAAACAGUCGAACUUAAAAUUUCUCAACAAAUACAAAGCAAGAGUGAUACCAAUUGAUUACUUCAGCGAAGGCAGCCCAGCGGUAAUUAUUCGGCAGGAAGGUACUGAAUGUUUUAAGGAACAGCGAGGAAAUGUUUGCUAGCCCAGUGAUCGGUGUAAAUAUUAACUAAACUAUAGGAGCAGGUUUUACUCACGCGUACAGACGGAGGUCUAAAAGCAUACCUGUACGACCCAUUAAUCUUUUUACAGCUCGGAAAAAAAAUCUACUCAUCGGGAGAAUGUUGCUCUUGCUGAGAUGCUGGAUGUGUGUCUGGCUGGCUGUUGUUCCACACACACAAAUCUUCUGCUUCAAAGUGAAUUCUACCUCGAACAUGGAAUGGAGCGGGCCUGUGCUUUCAACAGAAAAACACCACGGCCGUGAAUAUGAUUAUGUUUCUAAUGACACCAAAGAAGAAGCCUCUGGAACAGGAUACCUCGAUGAAGCUUUUGAAGAGCAGGGCUACUACCUACAGAGACUGUUCCUGCAGUAUGGCGAGAACGGCACCCUCUCCUACAGGGGCCUCCAGAAGCUGCUGGGCAGCCUAGGCCUGGGGGAGGUCAGUGUGCUGGAAAUAAGGCAUCAGGGUGUGAAGGAUGCCCCCCCAGCCGCCUCGUAUGCCCACUCCCUCCAUCAUCCACCUGCCUCUUCCAGCAGAGUAUCGCACAGGGACAGUAGCUUCCCAGAUGGGAUUGUGUGGGAGGAGGAGGGCAGAGCUGCUUCCGAUGUCCUGACUGGCGGAAAACAUUUGGACAGUGGAAAUGAAAGGAAGGAUCAUUUUAGGCCGUCCUCUGUCGUCCUUCCCAGCCCUGGACGAUCACAGUCUGAAACCCCAUACUUUGCCCCAGAUCACCCCACGAAAAACCAUCUUCACGGAAAUUGCUUGAAUGUCACUCAGCUGCUGUGGAAUUUUGGCCUCGGACAAGCCUCGCAUAUCACCCCGUCGCAUUUUACAUUCCUGUGCCCCGCUCUCCUGUACCAAAUUGACAGCGGGGUCUGUCUACAGCACACAGAGGAGGAUGUUGUAGAAGAUCAGAGUGGCAUGCAUUUCCUUAUAGCUCUGGGGUGGGGCUCUCUGGCUCUAACUCUGAUUAGUCUGCCGUCCCUGCUGGCCCUGGGGACGGUGACCCUGCUGACCCCAGGCCUCCUCCAAAGCCUCCUUUGCCCGAUGGUGGCCUUGGCUGUGGGCACACUGUGUGGGGAUGCCCUGCUGCACCUUCUUCCUCAUGCAAACUCCGGGUCUCACUCUGACUCCGGGAUGCAGAACUCAAUACUGAAGGGCCUGUGCGUGUUGGCCGGGCUCUAUCUGCUCUUCCUGGUUGAGAGCAUUAUGGAGCUACACCGCCACCAUAAGAAAGAAAACAAGGAACCGCAUAGUUCAGCCCAAAAUGUGACAGGGGCACGAGAGCUGGUCCCACUGCAGGGUAAGAGCUCCGUGGAAGAAUCCCGGCCCCCUGAAAGCUCAAAUGAGGCUGACUUUGAAAACAGACACGAACACCCAGCCCCGAGGCAUUCUGGGAUGGCCAGUCUGGUGUGGAUGGUGGUCACAGGGGAUGGGAUUCACAACUUUACCGAUGGACUAGCUAUUGGAGCGGCUUUCACACGGAGUCUGGCUGGGGGCCUCAGCACCACUGUGGCCGUGUUCUGCCACGAGCUGCCUCACGAGCUGGGAGACUUUGCGGUUCUGCUGGCGGCCGGCUGGCCCAUUCGGAGGCUGCUUCUCUUCAGUGGGAUGUCAGCGGCACUGGGGUUCCUGGGCCUGGUGGCGGGCACCGUCCUGGGCCACCACUUGGCCCAGCUCUCCCCCUGGAUCCUAGCAGUCACGGCUGGCAUCUUCCUGCACGUGGCCCUCACUGACAUGAUGCCUGAAAUGCUGCACGGAGAAUGUGGGCCAGUGGCACCGCUGACCCGCUUCCUUCUGCAGAAUGUGGGCCUGGUGGCUGGGGUGGGCAUCAUGCUGUGCAUUGCCCUCUUUGAAGACGACAUCGCUUUGAGCCUAGGGGACGGCUGAUAGCCAGGAGUUUGCACCCGAAGAUGCCAGGCGAGUUGACACUUGAGAUCUGGACUUGGAAACGGUAGCGCUAGGAAUCAUCUUGGAUUACACAACAUUGUGUUUCCUUGGCACUCAACUAGUGAAACUUCGCUGGUUUUUUACUGUACGGCAGGGUACUCUUUUUAGACACUUUUAAUCGCCGAAAAGACGCCUGAGCCCUAAAAGCAUGCAUUUGCAGUGAGGCGUGCUGCACCCUUCUCAUGGCUGAAACCCAAGUUUGAAUGGCGUUGAAUUUGAACUUUGAGUCGAAGGUCCCAUGUGUAUCACCCAGUUUUAGCAGUAAACGUCAGUGACAUUU